UUCUAAUAAUAAGUUAAGAACUAUACUAGUUUUUGAAAAUUAUAUUAUCACCAUGACUAGUCUCAUACGACUUGUAGUUAGCAAUUAUAACGAAGUUUUAAAAAAUGUUAAAGAUCCAAUGGUAGAUACUUGGUUUUUAAUGGGAUCUCCGACUCCUAUGUUAAGUAUCGUCAGCAUAUAUUUAAUAUUUGUUUUAAAAAUCGGACCGAAAAUGAUGGAAAAAAGAUCAGCCUUUCAACUAAAUACCAUUAUGAUUAUAUAUAAUGCAUUUCAAGUACUCUUCAGUAUUUGGUUAACAACUCUGGUAUUGGAUGUCGAUUUUAAAAGUUUAUUCUCUGCUCACGGAUGUAAUAUUCAAAAUCAUUUAUCAUCUAAACCAGAAAAUACAAACAUACAACGGGCGUUAUCACGAGGUGCCUGGUGGUACUUUUUCGCAAAAAUCAUCGAGCUUCUGGAUACGGUAUUUUUCGUUUUAAGAAAGAAGCAAAAUCAGGUUACAUUUCUUCAUGUUUUUCAUCAUACCAUAACGGCAGUCUUCUCAUGGUGCUAUUUAAAGUUACUGCCUGGCGAGCAAGGCGUUAUUAUAGGUUUCUUAAAUUCCGUGGUCCACAUCAUUAUGUACACUUAUUAUUUCAUUGCGGCUCUUGGCUCUAAAUAUAGGAAGUAUCUUUGGUGGAAGAAAUAUAUGACCUGGAUUCAGCUGCUACAAUUUGGUUUAAUGUUAGUCUACUUAGUACUAACAUUAAUUAUGGAUUGCCGAACACCAAAGGCUUUAACUUAUUUCUUUGCAACAGUCAUAAUAAUUUUCAUUUAUUUAUUUAGCGAUUUUUACUGUAAAGCAUAUAAGAAAAAAAUAACUUAAUAACAAAUUAUUAAUAAAUACAGACAAAAUUAAUUUAAUUAUUUAUGUAUAAAUUUUAUGUAAAUAAUAAAAAUAUAAUAUCGAAAAAUAAUACUAAAUAACUAUAGCCCACGGUGCAGCAAUAUUGCAAUUGUAUUUUGGUUUAAAGUAAAAGAAUAUUAAAAUUGUACAGUAAUACAUAUAUAAAUAUGCAUAA